AUGGGAAAUAAAAAUAGUAAAAUAACUUCCCAUGAUCGUGCUAUACUUGAUCUCAAAGUUCAGCGUGAUAAGUUAAAACAAUAUCAAAAAAAGAUUCAAACGGUUGCGGAAAAAGAAACUCAAAUAGCAAAAGAUGCAUUAAUUAAAAACAAUAAACGUGUUGCACUUUUAGCUUUAAGGAAAAAGAAAUAUCAAGAACAAUUACUUACUAAAACUGAUGCACAAUUGUCGAACCUUGAGCAGUUGACUCAAUCGAUAGAAUUUGCAUUAGUGGAAAAAGAUGUGCUGGCAGGAUUAGAACAAGGAAAUUUAAUUCUAAAAGAAAUUCAUAAAGAAAUGUCUAUUGACAAAGUUGAGAAAUUGAUGGAAGAUACCGCAGAUGCUAUAGCUUACCAAGAUGAAAUUUCGGAAUUAUUAAGUGGAAAAUUAACUAAUGAUGAUGAAGACGAGAUAUUAGCUGAAUUGGCUCAAAUCGAAAAAGACAAAAUUGUGGAAAAUCUUCCUGCGGUUCCUGUGCAUGAUCUUGUUGUAAGUGAAGAUAUUACAGAAGAUAUCGAGGAAUCAAUUUCACAACAGAAAGCAAAAGUAAAGAAACCACAGAAACAACUAGUGACAGCUUAG